GCCCUGAGCCGAAGGCAGACGCUUAACCGCUGUGCCACCCAGGCGCCCCUGAAUGUGCAUUUCUAAUCGGCUCCCGAUCUGGGUGCAGAGCUGACUACCACCAGUGCCUUUUGCUCUGGUUAGAGACAAAGGCGCGUAGACUUGUCCGUAGCCAGCAGCGCCUCGAUGGGGAGGUAGUGUGGAGCUGAAGAGUGGGGCAGUUUAUUUUCUCCUGAGGCAGGUGAAGAGUACAUCAGAGGAGGUCAUUUGAGAUGGGCUCUGAAGGAGGAGUAGGAGCUUUCCAGGCAGCAGGAGGAGGGCACAGUCUGGGCUGGGUGUUUGCGGGUGGGGUCCUAGGCUGGCACCGCUGCUGGCCCCAGCCCCCACUCCCUUCCCUGGCUGCUGUCGGUCAACAGGAGAGUAACAACAUGGUGGUGCCCGCCAUGCAGCUGGCCAGCAAGAUCCCAGACAUGUCAGUGCAGCUGUGGUCCUCAGCCCUGCUGAGAGACCUGAACAAGGCCUGCGGGAAUGCCAUGGAUGCCCACGAAGCCGCCCAGAUGCACCAGAACUUCUCCCAGCAGCUGCUCCAGGACCACAUUGAGGCCUGCAGUCUCCCUGAACACAACCUCAUCACGUGGACGGACGGCCCACCCCCCGUGCAGUUCCAAGCUCAGAAUGGACCCAAUACAAGCCUGGCCAGCCUCCUGUGAGGCUCCUGAUGGGAGCCGCCCAGCUUCUCGGGCCUCUGGGGCCCGGUGUGUCCCCGACUUCCAUCCAGACGGCACUUGAGCUUUCCUUGGAGUUGUGCUGGAGUGGGUGUCCCCAGGCUUCUUUUCUGACUGUCUCCGGAGCUUCCAAGUCCCUGGGGAGUGUGCAGGGCUGAUUCCGCCCUCCCAGGAAGGGCUGGCCAGCCAUUCCCACCAUGUAACAAGACCCCCAGUGCUGAGGCUUGCAGGUGGGAUAUUGGAGCCAACUUUCCAGAGCCAUCCUUUAAAGUGGACUUGAAUUGCCAGUUCUGCUUCCACGUCUGAGUCACGCCUUCAAGGGAGCGUGUCUGGGCGGGGAGUGGGGUGCCAGUUGCCAGGGUGGGUGGUACCGCUGGUGCAUUGCCACGUGACUUCCAUCGCCUGGGCCUCCGUGCCUGGCUGGAGUGUUUCCUUUGCUCACAGCAGCUUCCAGAGCCCAGAGGCAAAAUGCCAGUUUCUGCCCCAGAAUUGGAGGGAAGAAGUGAUGGCGCGUGUCAGGGACAAAAAUGCACAUCCCACCAUAACACUUUCCCCAGCUUGCCUUUCUGUCCAGGGUCCCCCCCAUCUGACACCCAGGGUCUCUGGUCACGAACCCUGGGGGACCUAGGAACUCGGCUUCCAAACAUCUGCACCUUGACUGGAUUCAGUGUCCAGCCACGGAGGUGCGCGUUCUUGUAGAGACGGGUGUGCAUGUGUGUGUGUGUGUGUGCGGAUUCACGGAGCUGGGGCUGGGGGCUGAGACUCCUGUGUUCGCGUCAGCCGCCUUCCCCCAUCAGCAUCCAUACUGCUGGGCAGGAAGCAGAGGUGAAGGGAGGGGACCCUCCUCAGCCCAACUCAGGGUGCCCGAAUGAAGAGGGGCUUGCUUCCUGGCGGCUCCCUGGCCACCUCGGCAGAGGACGUUCACAGACGCCUGGCCCCUCACGCUGCUCUCAGGAGGGAGGAUGAGGAGACCUACCUGCCUUGGGUCUUGGGACAGCGUUGAAAGCUCUUCCUGAGCUGGACCCUAGGGGGCUCUGCCAGGCUCAGACAGCCAUGCUCAGUUCUGUGCUCCCCUCAGGUAGUUGAGGAGGUGCCCCAGCGGUGAUGGUGGCCCUGGGGGCAGUUGAGGUAGCCACCUCCUCCGGCUUCCAGUGCCUGGGAGCGUCUCCUCACAGAGUGGUGAGUGGUCUUGCUAGUCAGGGUGGCUUGUUAGUUUGCAUCUUGUUACCCUUACACUGUGAGGGCUGCUUCUCGAAGCCUCAGUGUCUGACAGAAGGAACACUGGGAUCACUCAGGUCAGCUGCUCAGGCCCUGAGGCCUGAGUGUGCCUUAGCCACAAGCAGGGCUGUCAGCAGACCUCCCUGCACAGGGCCACUGCCCUUACCAGGCCAGCGUUGGGCCCCUGCUGCCCACUGGGGGCCAGCGACAGGUGUGCAAAGCGAGCUGCUGAUUGGAGGCAUGGGCUGGCCAGGGCUUGUCCGAAGAGGACUCACCAUCUGUGUGGCAUCCUGGAUCACCUAGGAGAACCUAGCACUGUCCCUUGCCACUCAAGGCCACCUUCUUGGCUGACCCCCCUGGGCCCAUGAGGCCUACAGAGGAGGGUGUGACAUGUGGCCACAAGCUGCCCUGUCCUGUCUUCCUCCCCCUCAAGGGUAUCCCCUAGGCCCUUCCCUCCACCCAUGGGACAGAGCCCCCCUCUUGCCACAGGCUGCCCCUAUUGGCCUAGACCCCGCACUGUCUGACCUCUCCAGACCCUCAUUACUUCAAUCACGCUGUACAUCACGUUUGUCUCUGCAUAUUUAUUUAAGCCUUUCUUUGCUUCUAGGGCAUUUUUUAUGUAGAGCAGUUGAAAUAAGAACCUCAAAACUUAACAUCUGUCCUGAUGUUAAAGUGCUUUUAGUGACCACUCUGUUAUCUAUGUUCAUGUAAAGUUAAGGAUAAGUUUUUAUGUUUACAGCUAAAAAUUCAGUACUCAAUAUUUAAUAUUCCACUCUAGCUUUAUGGAAGCCAAACUGCGAGUACAUGCGUUUCUGCGUGUGCAAGCUUUGAACCUCCCCUUCACCGUAGCAUCUUCUGGUUACAUAAAGCUGUCAUAAGUACCUUCCUGUGAGUCCAAAUUGAGUGCCUCACAGUUUCUCACUCAAUCAUAAGAACUUAAGACAGGCAGCAGGUGAGCCCCCAGGGAGACCUUACACAGUGUCAUAAAUAGGUGUUCAGGAAAAACAGAAGAGCCCCGAGCCCUGCAGCGUGCAGGGAGCAGCAGAAGGAUCCCUGUUGGCAGGUGAACGACCGAAAGCUAGUCUGACUCCUGUGUGUUCCUCCCGCCUCCUCCUGGGGUCCUCAGGGCCUGUGAGUCUGGGGGACUGGGCCUGGAGACCCCGGGUUCUCUGGCCCACACACAGCCCGCUGCCUCCCCUGUGCUGGGUGUUUGCAGUCAUCCGCGGGUGAAGCGAGGGUCCUCUCCCUGGUGUAAGCACUCCCCCACCCCACUUACUGGGAACACUGGCAAGGAAAUCAGAAAAGGGCUGCCUGGUGCAGUGGGUAAAUUUGUUGAUUGCGUUGUCUGUUUUGUUAAGGGUUUUUAAUAAGUAUGUUUGGCAUAAUGUCUUUUAAUGGGUUUGUAAUAUCUUACGGUUUUAGCAGCCUGUAACUUCAGCUGGUGCUUUUAAUCAGGAAAAAAAUUUUUGUAAAUACAAAACAUUGUUUAAAAGACAUAACCAUAGAACAUAGCUUCCCGUUUGUGGAUUUCUUUUCCUAUAUAUUCAGAGUAAAAUAAUUUGCAGGAGCCAUCA